AUGAGCCUUCCUCUCGAUAUGACAACGAUGAGCUCUCAGGAGCGGCUUGAGAAAAUGUCUCAACUUCCGAAGAUUGAACUGUGUGAGGAGGAGGAAGAGGAGAUGAAGCCAACCGUGGAAACCAAGAUCAAGUUCAACAUCACUGAACUUCUGGAAAGCGAUCCAAAACAGUAAGUAAAACGUUUAUCUUAGAAUUGUGAACAAUAUUAUGUUUGCAGAAGCUCGCCAUCGGCCUCAUCGGAAGACAGCACGACGGACCUAGAUCAGUCGGCGUUCAACUUCAACUUCGAUCCCAAAAUGAUUCCCAUCGCUGCUUUUCUUCAUCAAUCACUGAUGAACGCUGGAAAUCAGCACAACCAACUCUUGUCCACCUUCCCAAUGCUUCCACUUCUCGGAUUUCCACAGGCCGUCCAAUUGAUGCACUUCAAAAAUGCAAACCACGCAGGUCAGUUCAGUUCACAAUAGAUACAUUCAUUACUAGAGCAAGGACGAUCUUGCAUAACUUCACGGAGACGGGUCUCUCAUUAGGUGUCAAAGGUUUACCAUAUUUCAUGUCUAAACAAUACCACUCUUCCGCAGAUUCCCCCUGUCAUUUUGCGUGUGUUAGUCGGCGUUCUUCCCAAGAAACCGCCUCGCACAGUUACUCUCUGACCCAUUGUUAUUGUCCGAAUUAGCAAAGUCCGGGACCCAUUAACAAGUUGAACAAGGGAGGCCUGUCGGCGGAUGUUGUUCAUCUUAGGGAUAAGAAUCAGGCACCCAGCGAGAUGGGUUGAACUCCGAUAAUUACCUUUUGUUGGGUAACACCAGUGUUCUUGAAAGGAUGCGCUCUCUGGUGCUCAACAAGCGAAUGAUUCACAGCUAAUGACGUGAGAAAAGAAUGGCACGCGUCGAGAAACGUAAUUCUUUGAUCAGUUUCUGAACACGGCGUGGAAUGAGAUACCAUCUGACACAAUUCUCGCGUUGGGUGUCAACAGUCAACAAUAGGUGCUCCAUUAUGGUGGAAUUAGCCUACGUCGUAACACGACAUCUCAUUUUGUUCAUUCUUCACUGAGCUUCAAAAUUGUUUAGUAUUACCGCUACGAAAUCUGCGAUACCAGCACCAAAAGCUACUACGUUUUAAUGAGCAUCUUUUACAUCACAUUGCCUGAAAAAUGAUGCUCGAAUGCGUAAAUAGGAUUUACGUAACGUGAACGAUUUCUUGUUACUUUGAUUUCUCAGCGAUAAUAUACCUUUUCCAAAUGAGUGAAGCCAAUGAGAAUGGCUCGACUAGGUACCAGGCUCUCCGUGCCAUCUGAGGCCGGCACGCGUAUCCUAAGUAAUCCCUUCCAUUUAGAUAAUUAUGGCGAGGAGGGGAUGUGUUAUAAUUGUGGCCUGUCGAAAAGAACAUAUCAAUGCAAUACGUCUCACGUUCUGGCAAACGCUAAUUACCUAAACGGUUCGGUUCAUUGCAGAAUAUGGCACUCAACAAGAAAUGGGGGAUGAGAAGGAGGAAAAGUCAGAGGGAAAAGAGGGCGAAACACGAGACUCGACAGGUGGCAGCCCUCUUGACUCCGACGCAGAGGAUGACGAUGAAAGUAAGAAUUGAUAAAUUCUAGAGAUUUUUUGGAAAAACUGUUUGUUACCCAGAUGGACGUGGAAGCGAGGAUGAAGCCAAUUCCAGCGAUCCAUCUCAGGGCAGAAAGAAAAAAACAAGAACUGUUUUUAGCAGAAGCCAGGUAACAAUUAAUAGAGAAUCAAGAAUCAGCAACUUCAUUUAAUGUUUUCAGGUAUCGCAACUGGAGACCAUGUUCGAAUGCAAGAGAUACUUGAGCAGCCAGGAGCGAUCGAAUCUUGCUCAGAGACUGAGUCUUAGCGAGACUCAGGUCAAGAUCUGGUUCCAGAACAGACGCAACAAGUUCAAGAGACAGGCACAGACUGAUGAUCCGACCAUGGCUCUUCAAAUCAACAGAGCCACCAAUCUAUUCAACUCUUCACUCCCCAACGCUCUUCCGAAUCCGUGAGUUUGCAGAGAAUUAUCCGGAAAUCUUGACAGUGCAGUUACAGAGUUCUGCAAAUCCCAACUACAUCCGCAGGAAUGGCAAUGCGCAACGUGAUUCCGACUGCUCUUGACACCAAUGCGGCUGCUCGUUUUCUUUUCGGAUACAGUACACUCCAGGCACAGAACAUUUGCAACCAGAAUCCAACUCUUUGA